AUGUCAUCGCGGGCCAUAAAUUUAUUGCUUUCGGAAUUGCAUGUUUGCUUAGGUGUUGAGGUAGGAGAUAUGACGACAGAAAUUGAGUUAUUCAAUUGUGAGACUGAAGAGAUAGAGGUUUCUGAGGGUUUUGGCGACCAUGACAUUGAAGAUGACGUCGAGGAAACAAAGGUUGUCGAUUUGAUAUCUGUUGAAGAACUAGGUGAUUCAGAUGUUGAUAUCGAUGUGGGGAUGGUCGAAAGACCCACUCUACUAGACGAAGCUAGGAGACUAACAGUUGUUUGUGAGGAAUCGCCAGAUUUACUGAGCCCUGUUGAAAAAAGACUACUAGUGGUCUCGGAACAUGUCGUCGGAGGGGGCCCAGAGGUCUCAGCUGUCGUGAUGAUGAUCGGAAGCGUUGAUGUCGUCGGAAGAUUAACCCCCAUAGAGAUUGUACUAGUCUUAAAGAUAGAGCUAUUAUGGUUAGCCACUAUGAUAGUGGUACAGAGACAAUUACAUGAAGAUGCAUUCAGCUCGUUUCCAAAGACGGAAGAUGUCAACACAGAACCAAAAAUAAUGGAAAUAAGAUGA